AGUGUGAACGCAUAGUACCUACUCUGUGACAAUGUCAUUGUAUAAAAUAUGUUCUGUGGCAACUGUCAUUCUUUCUCUUGUUGGCCGCGUCCGAAUAAAUUGCUGUCUGUCAUAAGUGUUAUUUUAUUUAAAUAAUAUAAUAUUUUGAAUUUCGCCAAAAUAGUUCCUUUAGGUUUUGGGCCCCGGACGGCCACUGCGCGUAAUAAAUUAAAAUCAAAUAAAUACAGUUUAUUUCGGCGGAUUAAGACAGAUUUCGGACGAACGCGUGUCGCGUAGGGCCUUUACUUUUCAGGACAUCAUGGCGUCAAUCAAUCCACUUGCCUUUAUUGAGAAGCUCACUGGUCGAGACAACUACAAUACAUGGAAAUUCGCCGUGAAAUCAUAUCUCGAGCACGAGGAUUUGUGGGAAUGUAUUGAUCCGGGCGCUAAAAAUGCUCAAAAAGAUGUCAAGGCAAAGUCAAAAAUCAUAUUGCUUAUUGACCCGGUAAAUUAUAUACACGUUCAAGAAGCACGGACAGCACGCGAGGUAUGGCUAAACUUACAGCGCGCAUUCGACGACUCCGGCCUGUCACGUAAGGUAGGACUUUUGAAAGAUUUAAUUACAACAAGCCUAGAUAGUUGCUCAAAUGUUGAGGAAUACGUGAACAAGGUGAUGUCCACUGCACACAAACUCAGAAAUAUAGGUUUUGCUGUAGAUGAUGAGUGGUUAGGCACUUUGCUUCUGGCAGGUUUGCCGGACACCUACAAACCUAUGAUCAUGGCAAUAGAGAGUUCAGGUGUGUCUAUUAGUGCAGAUUUUGUAAAAACUAAAAUUUUACAAGAUGUAAAGUCCUCUGACUCAGCUGCAUUUUAUACUAAUUAUAAUAAAAGGAAUGUACACAAGUUUAUUCGGAACAAGGGUCACGGAAAGGGACCCAGGUGCUACACCUGUAACGAAUAUGGUCACAAGAGCACAAAUUGUACUUCUAGUAAGAAGAAAGAGAGUAAAUCUAAAAGUAAUAAUAGCAAUUCUGGAUUUGUAGCUGCUUUUUCUGCUUUUUCAGUUAGCGUUGACAAUUGCUGGGUCAUCGACUCCGGUGCGAGUGUGCAUAUGACCAACCGAGAAGAUUGGUUAUAUGAUCGCAAGACAGCAACAGUAGCAACGAUAAAAAUGGCAGACAGUAAAAGCUUACAAGUGAAAGGAUGUGGCAAUUUAAAUCUACAAAUACCAGGAUCCGGCAACAACACUCAAGUCAUUCAGUUUAUCUAAACAAUUUUGGGCUGAGGCAGUGUCAACAGCAGCAUAUGUCAUCAACAGAGCUCCCACGAAGUCGCUACAAUACAAGACUCCUGAGGAAGUAUGGAGUGGAAAGAAACCAGACAUAAGUAAUUUGAGAAUAUUUGGUUGUAAAGCUAUGGUGCAUAUUCCCAAAGAGAAAAGACAAAAAUGGGAUAGUAAAUCUCAAAAAUUAAUAUUCGUUGGAUAUUGUAGUGACACAAAAGGAUAUAGGUUAUAUGAUGAGUCAAAGAAACAAGUUUUAAGAAGUAGAAAUGUCAUAU